AAGAGGAGUAGUUUUCCCUCGUCAAGGUCACUGGUUCGAAUUUCAAAAUCGAAAAGCGGCAUCCCACCUUUUUCCCCUAUUUCUUUCUAAUCGUAACCCCCAAUCCAAAAUUAUUCACUAAUUACUACUCCUAAUAAUUAUUCUAAAUCACCUCACUUUAUUACACACACACACACACACUCACAAUUAGCAGCAGGUCCCUCUAUUUACUCGCUCACUGUGUGACUGUGUGUAAAAAUCGCAAAUGAAACUGAGAUGAAAUGCUCUUCUAAUUCUUUGUUGCGCCUACGCGUCCCGUCAUCGGAGUCGGAGGAGGAGGAAGAUACGGUGAACGGCGGUGAGGAUUUGGCAGUUCAGCUUCAACGGCCGCGUCGGAGAUUGGAGGCUGGUUUUCUUGGUUUGAAGAGGAUUUUCGCCAAAGUCAUGGUGGCUACUAUGGGCUGUCUUUUCAGCUGUUUUCGCGUAAAGGAUUCCGAUCUUAGCCCUAGUUUGGACUCCUCCGCAUCGUCCCAUCCUGGUGUUUCAGCGGUGACUAGAAAAAGGAGUCCUUUAUCUUCGCUGCUAGUCUCGGAUGAGAAUGAUGGGCUGCUUACUAAGAUGAAGGAAGAUCAAGAUUUGGGGACACCAAAGCCUGAACUUGGAUUUGAUUUGAAGGAGCUCAAAGAUGAGGCCAAAUUUCUUAAGGCUUGUGGAACAAUAACUGAAACACCAGCAGAAAUCCGAAAAGUGUCUCAGAAAUGGCAAGAUUCAUCUACGCCAGGGGCACAAAAUGAGUAUCCCGAAUUUAAAUCAUGGCUCACUGAUACAUCCAUUGAUAAGCUUGGCUUUGAGACUACAUCUGGCGAGCUUCUGACACCCUCCAAAGAUUGUGAUUCAGUGGUGAAAGAUUUGGUUUCAUUGGAGCAUACACCCAACAGUUGCAUGACUGAUGGGCAAAGACCUGGAGAAGACCUUUCUGGAGCUACCAAAGGCAAUGAUUCGAAGAGUGUAAGAUCCAUUGAACUUGUUGCUAGUCCAAGUGAUAGCUUGACUGGUUCAUCUAUUACAAAUGGGGUUAUUCCUCAAACUGUAACUUGCAAGAACAAGUCGGUUCGGUUUGAUCUUGACUCUGAUAUGUCUUCGGCUUCAUCAAAGAACUACUCCUCUGAAAGGUUUGGUGAAGAUUCACUACAAUCUGGGUCAAGCAAUUCUAAUGCUUCUAAGUAUUCACCUUACCCGACACCGUUAAAAAUAUCUGAUGAGAUGCAAACUCCUGGAACUGUGUUCCCAUCGUAUAUGAAUGCUACGGGUGAGGGCAAUAAUGCUCGGAUCAGGUGCCAAUAUGUCUAUUCUGUCCUGAAUCCUGUGAAAAAUUUCUCUCAGUUGGAAGAGCUGAAGAGUGAAGAUUCUAAUUCUAAUCACCAGAACAACCAUAUCGGAGAAUUGUCUGAGCAGACUGAUGAUUCUUCCCAGCAAGAAGUUAUUGACACCUUGUCAUCAGGAGAAAAUUCGAAGCUGGAGGCUAGCUUAUCCACAUGGCUGAAAAGAGCACCACAUUCCACAGAGGACAAUCAUGUUGACCAGGGCUCCUCUAUUCUUCAAAAAUUUAGAUAUGGAAGAACUCCUGGGGAUAGGCCUAUUCUAGGGAUGGUUGCUGCGCACUGGAAUGAUAAUGAGCCUCAAGUUUCGCCCAAAUGGUGGGAUGGCAAUGGAAUCCCCAAUUCAACAAACAAGUACAAAGAGGAUCAGAAAGUCAGUUGGCAUGCUACUCCGUUUGAGGAGAGACUAGAAAAAGCGUUAUCAGAGGAGCCUUUCAUCUCCCAGAGGAAUCAAGUCAGUAAGACGCCACCACCUGAUUUUACCGAAGCUGAAGAAUCAGAUACUGCUGCAUCUCAGCUGCACCCUUCCAACCAUCUGAAGUCCGUUGUGUCAUUUUGAUGCAAGGAUGAUAAUAGCAAAUAUGGUGUACACAGAAAAAGAGAAGAAAUCAAAGUUAGCUCGGGAUAUGACUUUUGAAUCAUAAGACUGGCAUUGAGUUACUUUGAUUUCUCAAAUAUUGUAGCUUACUGGAAGGCAAACUCUUUUUGCAAUGACCAUGAAACCCGCGAUUUGAUCGAUGGCUACAUCAAUUUCUUAAACUUCUCUCAUUUCUCAACAUGCUUUCGCUAUGGACAUUCUACUUGCUUGAAUCUAUGAUUGAUGGUUCCCCAUUAAACUAGAGAACUUGAGUAUGGUUGCCCCCAAUUUUAUAUCUUGAGCUGCCAAAUUAGAAGCUGGUUUUGCUCAGAAUUGAAAACUGAAAGCUUUGUUUCAGAAUUCAGAUUGUCUAGUUAGAACUGAAGCAAAGCAAUAUGAUGCGCCAACACAGUUUUGGAGUUCCAGGGGUAGUAAUGCUUAACAUUAAAACCCAAAAAAUUGUAAUAAUCUCGUCUGGACCCGUGUUUUCAGAAUUAAAUGCUAUUAUUACAAAAUAAAAAAUCACUUAUUUUGUUUCACCCUGAAAAAUUAUAAAAGGUGGGAAAAGGAUGGUAAUGAG